UCGCCCGCCGCGCCACCCCCCCGACCCCCAAAACCCGGGCAGGUGGAGCCGCGCUGGGGCAGCCCACCCCAGAGGUCCCAGCCCAGUGAAAGCUUAGGGCUGGCCCCCAUGGCAGCCACCAUUCCCCGGAGAAACACCCUGCCAGCAGUGGAGAACAGCAGGCUGCACCGAGCUUCUUCUUGUGAAACAUAUGAAUACCCCCAGCAUGGAGGUGGCAGUGCUGUGCAGUCCGUUGAGUCGAUGAACGAUGGGUACAACUCCUACCUGCAAGCCAAGGCAGCGGUGGCCCGCUCCCACAGCACCGACUCUGAGGACAACUACGUCCCCAUGAACCCCGGUUCCUCGCCCCUGAUCCACACUGAGAAAGCCAAUGACAAUUCCCAAAACCUGUACAUUCCCAUGAGCCCUGGGCCACAUCACUUUGACCUGGUGGGGUUGUCCUCGGCCACCCUCCCCGUGCAUAAAGGAGGAGCCAUGGCGCAGUGCCACAGACGGUUGAGUGAAAUCCAGCCCCCACCAGUCAACCGCAACCUCAAGCCCGACCGGAAAGCAAAGCCAUCACCGCUGGACCUGAGGAACAACACUGUCAUUGAUGAGCUUCCCUUCAAAUCUCCAGUCACGAAAUCCUGGUCCAGGCCAACCCAGACCUUCAACGCUGGCUCUUUGCAGUACUGUCGCCCUGUCUCCUCCCAGAGCAUCACCAGCACUGACUCGGGAGACAGCGAGGAGAACUACGUGGCAAUGCAAAACCCCAUUUCUGCUUCUCCUGUUCCUAGUGGCACCAACAGCCCAGCGCCUAAAAAGAGUUCGGGGAGUGUGGAUUAUUUGGCCCUGGACUUCCAGCCAAGCUCACCAGGGCCACACAGAAAGCCCUCCACCUCAUCGGUCGCCUCAGAUGAGAAGGUCGAUUACGUGCAAGUGGACAAGGAGAAGACACAGGCGCUGCAGAGCACCAUGCAGGAGUGGACAGACGUGCGGCAGUCCUCGGAGCCCACCAAGAGCACCAAGCAGUAGAGCCUGGGCCAGGCAGCGAAACGGGCAGAAGUCCUGGUGGGGGCUGCCAGCUCCACCUCUAAGACUUGUCGGCAGAGGGGAGGGGGGCUUCCUAUUUUAUUUUUUUUAAGAUAAAAAGAAACUUAAUUUCAGGGGAAGACUUGGCAGAUCUUGUCUGCCAGGGAUAAAGACCAACUGUGUUUGGUGGCUAGGUUUGUGCUUGAGCUGCUGGAUGCAUCAUCCAGGAACCUUGACUUAGCAAUACCAGGUUUCACCCUACACAUCUUUUGCUUACAGCUGUGAAAGCCACCUUGUACCUGCU